CGGUUCCUCAGUCUGAGGUCAUCUGGCCGGAAUGUAAAACCUCAACUUCAUUGUUCGGGUCUUGAAUGCAUGAACGGAACAAUAGACAGCAUUAGGACCCGGAGAUGCGGAAGGCGUCCUCCUCCUCCGUCUCAUUAUCCAUUGAUUUGACAGCCUGCGCCGACGACCAGUUAGAGGAAAGGAUGCGAGGAGGAGGCGGCUUCAGUGCGGCGUGCCGAACUUUUCUAACAUUUCGUGGCUGUUUGUGAGAUAACAGAGAUCCACUGCGAUGUCUGUCAAGCACAGCUGCCGGGUUUUUGACACAUUUUCAACCGGAUAUCUAAUCUCGAGCUGGUGUCUGGAUUAUUACUCCUGCUGUGUUUUGUUGACGGUUGAUGAAUCAGUUUAACGGAUCGAUCUGAUAAGAUUCAGCGGACUGAGGGGUCACAUCCUGACUUUCUCUUUUUCCCCCUCUCAUUUUGAAACUGUUGGUGCUGCUUAAGGUAGGCAUAGCAGGCUUAAAGUGGAGACUGGAGACGCACACGUGUAGGCUGCCUUCUUCAUUUGGCUCAUCGAUCCCUCAUCUCUCUCUCUCUGUAUAAAAGUUGGUUUCCUGUUUGGAGCAGCGUUCAGAUAAAGUGAGAGACGACAUGUCGCUAAGCAGAAGUAUUGAAUUUGAACACUUUGAGGAACGAGACAAGCCUCACCGGCCACCGAGGACCAAUUCGGGCUCCGGGUCUCAAUGUGGUUCUAGAGGUAACGGGCUGGUGCCAAGCCCCGCGCACAGUGCGCAUUGUAGUUUCUACCGCACACGCACUCUCCAGUCCCUCACCUCCGAGAAAAAGGCCAGGAAGGUGCGCUUUUAUCGCAAUGGUGACAAGUAUUUCAAAGGUUUGGUGUACGCCGUGUCUAACGACCGAUUCAGAUCCCUAGAUGCCCUGCUCAUGGAGCUCACACGGUCCCUGUCAGACAACGUCAACCUUCCGCAAGGAGUCCGGACGUUGUUCACGCUGGAUGGGGGCAGGAAGAUCACCAGCCUGGAUGAGUUAGUAGAGGGAGAGAGUUACGUGUGCGCCUCCAAUGAACCCUUCCGACGUGUCGACUACACCAAGAACGUGAACCCCAACUGGUCAGUGGGCAGCAAGACCAGCACAUCGCGCUCCCUCCCGUCUCUCUUCCCGCUGAAGAGUGAGCUGCAGAGGGAAUCUAAGGACUUCAUCAAACCCAAGUUAGUCACAGUCAUCCGCAGCGGCGUCAAGCCCCGCAAGGCCGUUCGGAUACUGCUCAAUAAGAAAACUGCACACUCCUUCGAGCAGGUGCUCACCGACAUCACAGACGCUAUCAAGUUGGACUCUGGCGCAGUGAGGAGACUGUACACACUGGAAGGCAAGCAGAUUACUUGCCUGCAGGACUUCUUCGGAGAUGAUGAUGUCUUCAUAGCGUGCGGACCAGAGAAGUUUCGCUAUGCCCAAGAUGACUUUGUGCUGGAUCACAGUGGUAAGGCUUCCACAGCCUUUACAACUGAAUGCAGAGUGCUAAAGUCGUCAUACAGCCGCUCUGCUACUCCAAACCGGACGGCUAAAAGCCCUGGAGUUUCACGGCGCAGCAAGUCCCCCGGUGCAGCAAGGCGACCUGCCCACUUCUCCACCACGCAGUCCCCAGUCAAGUCCCCAGUAAAUGGUAUUUCAACCCACAAGUCCACCAAGUCCUCUACUCCAUCCCCUACCAGCCCUCGAACCACCCCCAGUUUUAAGAUCCCUCCGUCACAUCACCACUCUUCCCCAAAUAUAAAUGGCUCGUUGAACAAUCAUCAGGAGCAAACCAAUCAGCUGAGUCCAGAAGUUAAUGGGAACCAGCACUCGCAUGCCUCAAGCAUCUGUGAAAAAUAUAAGAUUGGCAAAGUCAUCGGAGAUGGCAACUUUGCUGUGGUCAAAGAUUGUGUGGAGAGGUCCACGGGGAAAGAGUUUGCCCUGAAGAUUAUCGACAAGACAAAGUGCAGCGGAAAGGAGCACCUCAUAGAAAAUGAAGUCGCUGUGCUCCGGAAGGUGAAACAUCCCAACAUCAUCAUGUUGAUCGAGGAGGUGGACACUCCCUCUGAACUAUACCUGGUUAUGGAGCUGGUGAAGGGAGGCGAUUUAUUUGAUGCCAUCACCUCCUCGGCCAAAUACACAGAGAGAGACGCCAGUAUCAUGGUGUACAACCUCGCCAGAGCGCUGAAGUACCUACACAGCUUGAACAUCGUCCACAGAGACAUUAAACCAGAGAAUCUACUGGUUUUUGAGUACCCAGAUGGCACCAAAUCACUGAAACUUGGAGACUUUGGCCUAGCUACAGUAGUCGAGGGCCCCUUGUAUACUGUAUGUGGCACUCCUACAUAUGUGGCUCCAGAAAUCAUCGCUGAGUCAGGUUAUGGCCUGAAGGUGGAUAUCUGGGCCGCAGGUGUCAUCACCUACAUCCUCCUGUGUGGAUUCCCUCCUUUUAGAAGUGAGAAUAACCAGCAAGAGGACUUAUUUGACCAAAUCCUUCGAGGGCGACUGGACUUUCCCAGUCCUUACUGGGACAACAUCACUGACUCAGCUAAGGAGCUGAUUGGAAAGAUGCUGCAGGUCAACGCUGAGGCUCGAUACACGGCACAAGAUGUUCUCUCACAUCCAUGGGUCACGGAUGAUGCAAUCAUGGAGAAUAACAUGAAGAUGGAGGUGACAGGUAAACUGAAGACGCACUUCAACACCGCGCCAAAGCACAGCACCACCACAGCCGGGGUGUCAGUCAUCAUGAACACAGCGCUAGAUAAGGAGACCCUUCAGCUCACGGCCCGUUGUUGUCCAGGGCCACAAGCGGUGCCAUGUUCGCCCCUGUUGCAUGGCACUGAAGUCCCAUCUGCUCUUCCGGACCAGUCGGCGUCACCAUUUGCCAAAGUACCCGAAUCUAACGAGCUGGCUUCAACAGAAACCGCUAGGCCUGAUACUACGUCCAAAUCUGCACCUCCCCACUCCGAUUCUCCGAAUGACAGCCACACAUUAGCUGCUAAGCUUGACCUGCCCACCUCUAAUCUUUUAAGUUCACUUCAGUUUUCUCCUUCACCCUCUGUUGAAACUUGUCCCAUCAACUCUUUGCUCAUUUCUUCUCCACCACAAAUAGAAACCUCCCCAACUGCUGCCCCCUGCUCGUCUUUAGAGUCUACCUCACCCUCGUGUCCUCCUGCUGUUCUCGCAUGCAUAGCUCCCUCUGCACCCAUCUCCCGUCCUUCCCCGGCAUCUCCGACGGAGCUGGCCACAAAUGCUCCCUCUGCUUGUCCUACCAAACAAGCAGCAUCUCAGCCUUCCUCACCCACUGUCUCCCCGAUCCAGCCCGUUGUGUUAUUCCCUCUCUCAUCCCCAACAAAAUGUGAGCCUUCCUCCCCCUCACCUAUCCAUCCAACCCUGUUUCCCUCUCCUCCUUCCACACCUCUGAGAUCCACCACCCCCCGCUCUCCUUUUUGCCCUCCUUCUCCCAUCUCUUUAACAGCCGAAGAACUUAUGGAGAAGCUCUAAACACUCUUAUCCCCACAAACAGAAACAGAAACCAUAGGAUGAAACAUCUCAAUUAGCAUUUCCUGGUAGAUGUAAACUGAGCCAGUGACCGCUGUGACCAUGCCUUUUCCCCUCAUAUUCUUCUCCCGCUCAUUUUAUUAGACAAAGGAUAUGAGGCAUUUUCUGUACUCUGUUGAUUGUAUAUAUGUUUUUAUUUAUUAAUUGAGGAUGUUGAAAGGGAAUGAACUGAAUAUCGUUCUUCUGAGUGGUUCGUCUUUUGAAUUCAUACACUGCUUAGUCAGACUUCGUGUUUUAGCUUCCCAUUUGGAAUCCCCGGGGCCCCUUUUUAAAGGGUUAUUCAGUACAAACGCAUAGCAAACUCCUAGAGAGGCUACUGUGUGUGAUUCUGUAUGCGUUUUUCAAUCACUUCACCAUAUCGAAGUCCCAAAUUUGCUAGACUGUCUACCUGUAGUAAAGUCAUCCUGAUGAUAGUGGCCAAUUGACAAUUUCAUGCAUUGUGUCGACAAAGUAAAGGUGAUAUCUGCCAAAGUAGCCCAUGGCUAAGGAGUCAGAGAGUGUUUCAAACAGCUUUAGCUCCACGUAUGUGUUUGAGUGUAAAAUUGGGAAUCAUCAGAUCUGUUAAAUUUGAAAGAAAUGGCUGUUCACACGCAAUUUUGAAGCUACGUCUACAGUAACAUCCAAAUGACCUCUAGUGCAGCAGUUCCCCAAAUAUUGUGUUCUGCAAUUCUUCAAAAGUGAGAAAUGCUGCAAAAAUAGUCUUAGAAAAAUUGCUGUUUUAAGAUCAAAAGUUUCCUCUUCUGCUCAUCUAUCCUCUUUAUCAUUUUUCAACUCCUUAGAUUUAUUAGCCAAUGUUAGUUAUAAACAGAGUGCUGGUUACAAUGUUUCUACUCACAGCAGCGAACUGGAACUGUUUGGAAAAAGAAGCAUAAAAUCUAAUUUGGGGUUUUUUUUGUGAGCACAAAGUAUAAUUCUACCCUUCAUGAUGGACUGGAGACAGACGUGUGAUGGACAUCUAAAAACAACUAGCUAAAGGUCAUUGCAUGUCCAGGCACUACUGAAGGAAAGUAAUGUACUCCGUACGUGUAUUUGAGUCAUUAAAGUCUCUUUGUUUGAGUAGACGACUGCAACUUUCACUCAUACGCUUUAUUUGUAUGUAGUGUGCUGAACUACAGCUGUGAGCACAUGUAAAGAGAAGAAAGAUCCAACAGAUGUUAAACCGAACUGCACGGUAACUUUUAUUUAACCGAAACUCUCAAUACAGACGUGACUGGUACUGUACAGGAAAAACAUACUUGCUGGUAUAUUCUCUCCGGUCACCACUAUGUCAUGAGCUACGCACACUCAAUGGCCACUUUGUUAGGUACACCUGUUAAACUGCUGCAAUUGAUACUUUGUCAGGUUUGAGUCUUGAUUUUCUGAUGUAAACAACAUGGCAUGAAUCCAUCCUGCCCCGUGUGGUGGCGUAAUGGUGUGGGGCUUUAUAGUUUUAUUAUAGUUAACUAAACUAAAAUUUUGAAAAUUAAUUCAAACAAAAUUGUAUAGAAGGGAUCUUUAGAUUUAGUAUUUGUUAGUCUGGUUAAACAAAAAAUGUUAUUACAUCUUGCCUGAUGUGGUAUUAAUGGACAUGUUUGAGACUCUGGAUGCGAGUCAGCAGCUUAAAAAUUAUUAUUUUUUUAAAUGACGAGAAAAAUAUGCCCUCCAUACUGUACAAUAAUCAUUUAAAAAACUAAAACUAACACUGAAACUCAUCAAAACUAAAGUAAAAUGAAACAUUUUCAAACUAUAAAAGCUAAACUGAAGGUGGCGCAGUGGUUAGCACUGUUGCCUCACAGCAAGAAGGUCCCAAGUUUGAUUCCAAAGGGCCCGGGCCUUUCUGUGUCUGUGGGGGAUCUCUCCCAGUCCUCUGGCUUCCUCCCACAGUCCAAAGACAUGCAGUUAGUGGUGUUAGGUUAAUGAUUCUUAAAUUGGUGCCUGCAGGUGUGAAUGUCCAACUAGUAAGGUGUACCUAAAAAAGUGUCCAGUGAGAGUAAAACCACAGGAAUGAUUAUCCUGUUAUGAUUAUUGAGUUUGGACUCUAUCACAGGCCAACAGAUUACAGAUUACCUUCAUCAAAACCAGAUCUCACUCUCUGCAGCGUAAAAACAAAUUAAGUGACCUGUUUUGUCCUCGUUCUUAACUCCACAGCUGUUGUCAGCAGAGCCAAAUCCUCCGCUGGUUUAGCAGUUUUUUCACUGCAUGAAUACUUUCUGUUCGCAAAUUCAAGUUGCUACAUGGCCUAAUUUUUCUCCUAUGUACUGUAUAUGUAGUCAAAGUAGAUUUUCAUGCUUUAACAGUUUGUAAAGCAAAAACCGUAUGAGAAGAGCAAAUGUAUCAGUGGUUUUUAUGAGGCGCUGAGUGGUUGCUUUUAAUGUCCCACUAUUUUAGAGCGGUUCAGCAAUAAAGACUUGAAAUUAGUA